AUGGCUGGUGAACCACAGCCAGCGCAAAAGCGCCCACGACUUCCUUUCAAACCUCCCAGUCGCACAGCCGCCAGUGCGGGGCCAUCAUCUGUUCCAAAGACCAAAGGCAAGGCCAAACAAACCAGCACGAAAGCCUCCACAUCCACUUCGGCUUCAAAGCCAUCCGCAUCAGCAUCCAAAGCAUCCAAAGGGAAAUCUACAGCCGCUGACAAGCGUCCCCGCUCUGAAUCUCCUCAAUCCGAGGCAGCAUCACAAUCCGGCUCAGAGUCCGAACCCGAGUCGAGCGAGAGUCGUUCGCGUUCGGUUUCUCAGGAACCAGAUUAUAUUCUUGCGGAAAUCACACAUUCAAACCCCGCGGAAGAUGUGACAUCUAGCGAACCUACGAUACCCGCUAAACUGCUUACGCGGCUGUUACAUCAACAUUUCCAAAAUGAGAAGACAAAGGUUGCGAAAGAUGCCAAUGGUCUCGUGGCGAAAUAUGUUGAUGUCUUUGUGCGGGAGGCUAUCGCCCGGGCUGCAUAUGAGAGGGCCGAAACAGAUGGAAACUCCAGCGGGAGACGUGUUGGGGAUGGGUUCCUGGAGGUUGAAGACCUGGAGAAAAUGGCACCACAGCUUACGAUGGACUUUUAG